AUGACCAUAGUUAACAAGCCAAAAUCUUCAAAAUCUAAAAAAUCAUCAUCAAGGCGAUCUAACAAAUCUAAGAAACCCCGUACUAAAAAAAUGACAUCACGCACUGCAAAUUUGGGCCGGGUACCACCUGCAGAAGAUCCAAACAAAGUCUCUGUAGACAAAGGACCUGGGGGUGCUAUUUAUUGUAGAACAUCUCAAAAAGCUAAGCCCUUUGCCCGAAGAGAUCUAGUUGUCAAUGAUGGAAUUGCCCCGCCACAAAUGAUUCUUUUUCCACCGGAGAAAAUUUGUAUGGAUUGGGAACAAACACAAAGUGUUGGAGUUGGACUGCUCAAUCUUGGCAACACCUGUUUCCUCAAUUCUACUCUGCAAUGUCUGACCUACACGCCUCCCCUCGCCAAUUACAUGCUUUCCCUUGAACACACCCAGUCGUGUGGUGAAAAAGACUUCUGUAUGAUGUGUGCAAUGGAAACGCACAUUAACCAGGUCUUGUGUUGCUCUAAUGCUCCCAUCAAACCUACAUCUGUUAUCAAUGGCCUUAAAAGAAUUGGAAGAAAUUUCCAUUUUGGCAGUCAAGAGGAUGCACAUGAAUUCUUAAGUUUUACUGUUGAUGCUUUACAGAAAGCUUGCUUAAAUGGAAGCACGAAACUGGACAGAUCCUCUCAAGCCACCACACUUAUUUAUCAAAUAUUUGGAGGUUAUCUGAGAUCCCGAGUGAAGUGCAUGAACUGCAAAGCUGUUUCUGACACAUACGAGCCGUUCCUUGACAUUUCUUUGGAUAUAAAGGCAGUUACGUCCAUUACCAGAGCUCUAGAACAAUAUGUGAAACCAGAACAACUAGAUGGUGAAAACAGCUAUAAGUGCAGCAAGUGUAAAAAGAUGGUUCCUGCAUCAAAGAGGUACACAAUACAUCGAUCUUCCAAUGUUCUUACACUAUCACUGAAAAGAUUCGCUAAUUACACCGGUGGAAAGAUCAACAAGGAAGUAAAAUAUCCUGAAUAUUUGGAUCUUCGGGCAUAUAUGUCCCAAUCAAUUGGAGAACCACUCAUCUAUGCUUUAUAUGCAGUUCUUGUACAUAAUGGUUUCAGCUGUAACGCAGGACACUAUAUCUGCUACAUAAAGGCUGGUAAUGGGCGAUGGUAUCGAAUGAAUGAUGCCUCAGUAGAGCUUUCUGAUAUCAAAACAGUUCUCAAUCAGCAAGCUUAUGUACUUUUUUAUAUCAGGCGCUAUGAUCUGUCACUUGGAGAACGUGCAUUUUACUUGCCAGCUCCGUCCUAUCCCCGUUCCUUCCUGGGCCAGCGAGGGGCUAAUAGUAAGCAGGCUGGAUUUAUGGGACCACGACUUCCUCCUCAUAUGAUUAAGAAUUCAAGUCGUUUAAAUGGAAAUGGACCCCUAAAAGAGGAUCCAAAUACUGUUGGCGUCACCCUGAAAAGGCCAUCGUCAGCUCCACCGACAGCGUGUGUUCAGAACUGGGCCAUUACCAGGCCUUCACUUACUGAUGCAUCAAAAAGUCAGAAAAUCACCAUCAGUAUUCACAACAAACUGCCUGCACGUCAGACCGUGUCCCGCCCCGCCUGUCCUAGUAGUGCUGUGGAGGAUGAGGACCUAAGCAAACCUGUUCCUUCAUCCACCAUUACCAAUUAUUCCGCAGCGGAGUCUACCUCAAAUACAUCUGUAGUGUCAGUUGCUGCUGACAUUUCUAAACAGGAAGUUCCUGAUGAAAUUUUUGUCAACCCAGCAGUGAAUGGAAAUGCUAAAGUAAGCUCCAGUAACACAGUCCCUUACAGUGCAGAGCCUUCAGGAAAAUCUGAGGAGACGAAGGGCUUGUUUAAACGGAACUGCAACGUAGUGUCUUCUAAUGGAAUUUUGAUGGGAAAGGUGGUUCAUGCAUUGCAGAAUUCCCAUGCUUCCUGCCAGAAUGCUGAAGAAAGAUCCCAGCAUGAGCUGCCAAAAAGUGAUUCACUCAAUGGUGCUAUUAGUUUAGAUAAUGAAUCUAAAGAAAAUGGACCAAAACGUAAUGAUUCCACUUGCCAAGUGCCACCUGUAAAACCAUCUGAGAUUUUCUUUUCUAAAACAAAUGGAUUGCUUGACACAAUGCCUAUACCUCAAGAAAUAAUACUAGAGUCUCUCAUGUAUAGCCAGAUGAACAUCUUACCAGAGGAAACAAGUGUCCCUGGACCUCAGAAGUGUUCCGAGAAUGAUACUCGUAUGGAUACUGUAGUAAUGGAAGCGUUGUUUGCAUAUGAAGAACCUAGGAAGGUUGCUUCCAACUUUAGCUGCAACACUGAGAACCUUUUUACUCAAUCAGACUGUGAAACCAUUUCUGCCAAAGACGUUGCUGAAAGUAUUAUUAAAAAAGCUGAUAAUGCACAUCCCAAUGUUAAUGGUCAGCAUAAGGUGAGGAAAAAAACCUUGGACAAUGAAGAAGAUUUCCUUGGGCAUUGUGAGUCAGAGCAGAGUAGAGACAAAGACAGACCAAGAAGAUCAAAAGAAACUGAAGUAAUUUCAAAAGAAAUCAAAAGGUCUCCUGAGAUCAAAGAAAAACUAGGGCAAACCUCCUCUAUAAAGGAGGAUGUUGAAUGUAGUUCUAAAAAACUUGUAUCUCUAGAUACCACAGAUAAAUGCCAAGUCACAAAGGACAUUUCUAACAAUUCUCUAGACAUACCACCUGUUAAUGGCUCUGCUGUUACAAACCAGAAUAAACUUUUGAAGAGUGAAUUUUCCAGAGAAAACAAAGGACUGAGUAACAGAAAAUCUGAAGAAGAUAAGUAUAGGAAAAAAUAUAAGAAAAGAGAAUAUGACUCUCAAAAAAGUGACAAAGAGCACUACCGAAAAAAGAGAGAAAUCUCAGAUACUGAAGAGGAGAAGCAAAGCAGAAGCAAAGCAGAUGAUUCCUACAAGAGGCAGUGCUCUCGCAGCAUGGAAACAAGCAAGCACAAUCGUAAUAAGCAGGAGUAUUGUAACGACAGCAAGUAUAGAUCUUUCCAUAGCGAAAGAAACAGUCCGAAUGAUGGCAAAAGCUCAGGAAAAUAUCCUCAGCAUAGAUCGCGGAGCAGAGAAGGAAUGGAACAGGACAGGAAUAGGUAUUAUCUUUACAAACGAGAGAGAACUUGGAGUCGAGAAAGAUACCAUCAAGAUCAGCUACGGAGAUGGGAAAAAUGCAAAUACUACAAUGAUUAUUAUUCCUGUUAUGGAACAAGGGAUGGUAGAGAAAGAAAGUCCUUUUAUUGUGAUAAAGACUGUGACAAAUGGAAUCAAACUUACAACAGGUCACAUAAGGAUUAUCAUAGCAAAAGCAGACAGCCUCACAGUGCAUUCUCUAGAGAUGAAGAUGUGUAUCACUUAGGCAGCCACAGAGCAAAUUUACAUCAUUGUUCAGUACCUCAGCAGUACUCGGAAAAAUACUCUCGUGAAAGGCACGCACUUCCACCUGGGCCAGGUCAUUCACAUUUUGAGGACUCUUCCUGGGAAAAUGAAAAAGCAAAACAAAGAAACAGCAAAAGAAAAUACACCUAUGGAGAAGGAAGCGGAAGCGAGACAGAAAAGAAAUGCCGAAAGACAGAUGACCAAAGAAUGAAGAAAGAAGUGAAGAAGGUCAAGAAGAAAAAGAAGUCCAAAGAGAAACAUCGAGAGAAGGAUUACAAACAUUAUGAUUUGGAUUUCUCUGUGCUCCGCUUUGAGAAUGACAAUCGCAAACAUAAGAAAAAGAAGAAAAAGAAGGAACAAAUCAGGAAACCAAAAGACUUCCUGGAAUAUUUAGAUGCUCGUUUCCAGAAUAAAACACGGGAGAAGAAGGAAGAAUCCUGUCCUCCAGGCGACUCCUUAAGUGAGCAAUACAGAAACCAGGGCAGGGUUUCCUCCAAGGCAGGGAAUCCUUCAAGUCCAGCAGGUAACAGCAAGAAAAGGAGCUCCAUCACAUCCAGUGAGGAUGUUAAAGGCUCCCGGGCCGCGCUCCGGCCCCGCGGCCUCCGCCUCCCGCCCCGCCCGGGCCUGGAGCUGCCGCCGCCCGUGUCUGCGGGCCCGGCCGGCCCGGGACGUCCCGGUGCGGCCAGACACACCGAGGUGGGAAAACAUCCUGAAAGUUUGGGUCUUCAGGCAAAUACGUCCCAGUCAAGAGGAGAACCACUUGAUGCACGGAUUAUACGCAGUUACUUAACGAAAGGCUUCAGCUCCAAGGCAGGACACCAUCUCCUGCCUAAAGGUAGAUACCAGCUGGAAUUAUGGACUUUUUCAAAUGAAAAACGUGUUUUUAUUUUGUGCGUUUCCCGGUUACCUCCGAAUUGUUUUGAAAAUGCGAUCACGCGCCUAGGAAGCCCUGUCAAACCACCAGCCCAGCCCUGUCACGGCGCUGCUGUGCAAACAGGGGAGCACGAAGGUGACGGGGCCGCGCUGGGAGGCACCGGUGUGAGGGCUGUGAGCGGCAGUUCUUACAAGGCUGGAGAAUUCCAGGAGGUGUCACCUUCCUGGAUCUCCCGUUUCAAAGCAUCAAAUGCCUGUGAAUGUGUUCGGGUGUUUUCACGUGCAAAGCCUAAACUCGCACCAGCCCUGUCAUCUUACUCCUUUCCUAGUAACUUAGUGUUGCUUAAGCCACAACAAAUCUACAACAUGAGAGAGGUUUUGCUGAAUAAAAAGCAGAUUAACCCAGUCAUCAAAUCUCACUGCUGCUCGCGAGUGAACGAGCAGGCAGGAAUGAGUUUGAUCCUGCGGGCAAACACCGCUCCCCAUCCGUGCUUAGCGCAGGGUCUGCAGGCUCAAACUUUUGCUGCUUGGACCUGUACGUAUUUCAGUGCAGAUCAACCAAGCCCUUUGUGCCCGGUGCCCCUGCCCCUCGCCUGCAGAACCGCCUCCCGGCUCGGGCUGCAGGAGGGUUCAUUUCGCGUUCCUGGCGUGGUGCCGGGAUUAGUUGUUACCGACAGUAAAACCGGCACAGCGCGUGUGUGUUCGGGCUGUUUCCUCCUUCGCUCUGUUCCUUUGGCUCUCAGGAGCGCUGCCGUGUGGAAGUGCAGCCUGGAGCUGAGAGAUGUAAACGUGCCUGCUCUUCGGAACAGAGGUAGAAAAUGCAGUUCUGAUGGUUGCAGUGCUGUAAAUGGGACUGUGGCCAGUGCAGACUUCAGGUGUGAAAAGAUGGUUUCUGCAACCAAGAGUUGUUCCAUCCAUCGCUCUCCAAAUGUUCUGAUCCUGUCACUGAAAAGGUUCACAAAUGACACUGGUGGAAAGAUCAACAAGGAAGUAAAAUACCCUGAAUAUUUGGACCUCCGGACAUACAUGUCCCAAUCAAGUGGAGAACCACUCUGGUACAGAGUAUAUGUGGUGCUGGUUCAUAAAGGCAUGGAGUAUGGGGCACUACAUCUGCUACAUAAAGUUGGGUAUCAGCUUGAUUUCUAA